ACACACACACACACACACACACACACACACACACGCUUCCGCUGAGCUCCAGACCUCACUUUCCUCUCUUGCCUUGGUUUUUAGAAGAGCGCUCCUCUGCACUAACCCAACUAAGCCUGCAACCUAACCCCCUGCCUCAGUUUCCCUACAGUGGGAGUGAGACAGUAGGUCUGUGGCAUGCCUCCUUGGAAGUCUGGGAAAGGAAAAGUUACAGUUGGAAAUUAGACAGAAGCUGGUAAAAGCAGCCUUCCAAGGUGAACCCAGAGACCUGAGGCCACCUGGGGAAGGAGAAUUGAAGCCAGGAAGUAGCGGGGCAGACAGCGAGCACCCUUGGGCUGGCUGGAGCUCAUAACUGGAGGGUGGCCAGCCCCACUCUGUGUAGGGGUCGCCCAUGCAGUGGUGCACGGGGCAGGGUGCAUCUGCUCUAUGCCCAGCCCUGCCACUGUGACUCUGCUUGCCCCUGGAGUAGGUGACAGUCACAGUCCUCACAGAGCUUUCCUGCUGGCCCUCCCACAGCACACCAAAUAAUAUGAAACUGACACCAGUUACCUAUGGGCCCCUAUUUAGGAGACUCCUGAGCUCUCUGAGGAGCCACCCCCCCAACAUGGGAGUGGGGGAGGGGUGGGAGCCUCCGCGGCCUCUCCUCUCCUCUUCCAGGCCCUUCCUUUGCAGCCGGCUCACCAUGGCGCUCCAGCCACGAGGCUGCCAAGUGCGCUCCGUGCCAGGGCCGAGGCCUGGGGUUGGGGGAGGGAACUGGGGACCCUAGGGCCAGUGGCUGCCAGUGGCCCUGGAGCCCUUCGCCUAUUCUUCAGAGAGCCCGAAACUUUCCAGGGAGAAGCACCGCUAGCCCUGCUGGGUGGUACGGAGACUGGGGGAGGACGGCUCCGGAUCUGUUCCCCUUGGGGGCCCAUGGGCAGCACAAUAGCCCCUGGGGCUGCCACUCUCUGGCUUAAGUGGUUGCCUGGGCAACAGCUGGGGCCAGUUUCCACCAAUCCAUGGAGGAGGCUGAGUGGGGGAGGGAGGCCAGGCAGGAAGGGGGUGCCGUCCCCUUGUGCUGGAUCCUAUAUAAGGAAGAGGGAUGUGAGCGGAGUGGUCUGGGCUUCACCGUCCCUCCAGUGGACUUGGGGGCGGAGCACAAAGAUGCCUAGGAUAGGCUACUCCAAGCCUGGGUCCUGGGGCAGCUUCUGGGCCAUGCUGACCUUGGUGGGCCUGGUCACCCGUGCAGCCCAGAGAGCCGAUGUUGGCGGGGAGGCGGCUGGCACCUCCAUCAACCACUCCCAGGUGGUGCUCCAGCGCUUGCAGGAGCUGCUGCGACACGGCAACGCCAGCGACGUGGUUCUGCGGGUGCAGGCUGCAGGCACCGACGAGGUCCGGGUCUUCCACGCCCACCGCCUGCUGCUGGGCCUGCACAGCGAGCUGUUCCGGGAACUGCUGAGUAACCAGAGUGAGGCGGCACUGCAGGAACCGAGGGACUGCGCCGCUGUCUUCGACAAGUUCAUCAGGUACCUGUACUGCGGGGAGCUGACUGUGCUGCUGGCCCAGGCCAUCCCCCUGCACCGGCUGGCCACCAAGUACGGCGUGGCCUCCCUACAGCGCGGCGUGGCCGACUACAUGCGCGCGCACCUGGCGGGCGGCGUGGGCCCGGCGGUGGGCUGGUACCACUACGCUGUGGGCACCGGGGACGAGGCCCUGCGCGAGAGCUGCCUGCAGUUCCUCGCCUGGAACCUGUCGGCCGUGGCGGCCAGCGCCGAGUGGGGCGCCGUGAGCCCCGAGCUGCUGUGGCAGCUCCUGCAGCGCUCGGACCUGGUGCUGCAGGACGAGCUGGAGCUGUUCCACGCGCUGGAGGCCUGGCUGGGGCGCGCGCGGCCGCCCCCAGCCGUGGCCGAGCGAGCGCUGCGCGCCAUCCGCUACCCGAUGAUCCCCCCGGCACAGCUGUUCCAGCUGCAGGCGCGCUCAGCCGCCCUGGCGCGCCACGGCCCCGCGGUGGCCGACCUCCUGCUGCAGGCCUACCAGUUCCACGCCGCGUCGCCGCUGCACUACGCCAAGUUUUUCGACGUCAACGGCAGCGCCUUCCUGCCCCGCAACUACCUCGCGCCCGCCUGGGGCGCCCCGUGGGUCAUCAACAACCCGGCCCGCGACGACCGCAGCACCAGCUUCCAGACGCAGCUGGGCCCGAGCGGCCACGACGCGGGCCGCCGGGUCACCUGGAACGUGCUCUUCUCGCCGCGCUGGCUGCCCGUCAGCCUGCGCCCCGUUUACGCCGACGCCGCGGGCACAGCGCUGCCCGCCGCGCGCCCCGAGGACGGCCGACCGCGGCUGGUGGUGACGCCGGCCAGCAGCGGCGGCGACGCGGCGGGCGUGAGCUUCCAGAAGACCGUGCUGGUGGGGGCUCGCCAGCAGGGCCGCCUGGUGGUCCGCCACGCCUACAGCUUCCACCAGAGCAGCGAGGAAGCUGGCGACUUCCUAGCGCACGCCGACCUGCAGCGGCGCAACUCGGAGUACCUGGUGGAGAACGCCCUGCACCUGCACCUUAUUGUCAAACCCGUGUACCAUACCCUUAUCCGGACCCCCAAGUAACCUCGGGGUCGGGGAAUAAAGGCCUGGCUUAGGUGGUCCCUGUGGAUCUGGGAAGGGCGAGGCGAACGUGGAGGUGACAACAAGGCUGCUCCCCUGGAUGACCAGGUGCAGGUCCCAUGGAUGGCCAGGUGAGGCUGCCUUCGGGCCGGAGUGGCCUCCAGGUGAGGUGUGGUAGGCAAGAUGGCUGGUUUCAAGAGCUGAUUUCACGGCUGACUUGAAGGAAUGUUCUCUGUCCCGAAUAAACCGAUGCUCAGAGUAGUAAGGGGA